CUCCUUGAGACACAGGCAAAAGUGAAAGCAUCAUCAGGAUCAUCAGGUGAUUUUUUAUAUUGAGGAAGUGAAGAUCUGCGUUACAAAGUUUAUUUGCAGGUAUAGAAUCAACAUUUGAGCUGCUGUCAUGUCCUCUGGAAAGAGUCUCUCUGGAGAAAGUGAAACAAAGGCAAUGAACAGUUUGAUUCUUGGAAAAUCUCCUCAAUCCAGCUGUGUGUCCAUGAAGAGUGAUGAUUCAAUGAGCCGGCCAAUUAACUUCAGCUCAGAAGACAUGAGUAAAAGGAGAGUUGGAUCAACAUCUUUCGACAAGAAGCAAAUGGAUUCUGUUUUCCAGGAACUGGAAAAUAAAAUCAUCUUUCUGAUAAGGAGUGAGCUGAAGAUCUUCAAGAGACUACUGAGUCCAGAUGAUCCAGCAAGCUCUGAGAAAGAAGAGGAGGACGAUAAAUAUCAGAGCAGAGUCAGAGAGGGACUUCUGAAAAUCACACUCCACGUCCUAAAGAAGAUGAAGCACACAGACCUUGCUAACAAACUACAGACCAAACUUGCUCCUUUGUGUUUAAAAAAACAUAAAUCCAGAUUAAAAGAGAAAUUCCAGAGAAUUAAUGAAGGAAUAUCAAAACAUGGAAGCUCAACACUUAUGAAUGAGAUCUACACAGAGCUGUACAUCACAGAGGGAGGGAGCGGAGAGAUCAAUAAUGAACAUGAGGUGAGACAGAUUGAGACAACAUCCAGAAUAUCACAGACAGAAGAAACACAGAUCAAAUGUAAUGACAUCUUUAAAGCUUUACCUGGACAAGACAAACACAUCAGAACUGUGCUGACUAAAGGAGUCGCUGGAAUUGGAAAAACCGUCUCUGUACAGAAGUUCAUACUGGACUGGGCUGAAGAAAAAGAAAAUCAGGAUCUUCACUUAAUAUUUCCACUUCCUUUCAGAGAGCUGAAUCUGAUAAAACAACAAAAUAUCAGUCUGAUGGAUCUUCUUCAUCAGUUCUUCACAGAUACAAAACAACUGAGAUCAACAGACUUUGAUGACUACAAGGUUUUGUUUAUCUUUGAUGGUCUGGAUGAGUGUCGACUUCCUCUAGAUUUCUCAAACAAUCAGAGUUUGUUUGAUGUAAAUGAAUCAGCAUCAGUGGAUGUUCUGCUGACAAACCUCAUCAAGGGGAAUCUGCUUCCUUCUGCUCUGAUCUGGAUAACAUCACGACCAGCAGCAGCCAAUCAGAUUCCUCCUCAGUGUAUUGACCAGAUCACAGAUGUACGAGGAUUCAAUGAUCCUCAGAAGGACGAGUAUUUCAUGAAGAGAAUAAAUGAUGAGAGUCUGGCUAACAGAAUCCUCACACACAUCAAAUCAUCCAGAAGUCUGUACAUCAUGUGUCACAUCCCAGUCUUCUGUUGGAUUACAGCCACUGUUCUAGAGAAAAUGUUGAGUGAAGCAGAGAGUAAAGCAGAGAUCCCAAAGACUCUCACACAAAUGUUCACACACUUCCUGAUCUUUCAGACCAAACUGAAGAGUCAGAAGUAUGAUGGGAAAUGUGAGGUAGAUCUUCAGCAAGCUAGAGAGAGUCUUCAGUCACUGGGAAAACUGGCUUAUCAACAGCUGGAGGAAGGGAAUUUGAUCUUCUAUGAGGAGGAUCUGAGAGAGUCUGGCAUUGAUGUCAAAGAAGCUUCAGUGUAUUCAGGAGUUUGUACUCAGAUCUUCAGAGAGGAGUCUGGACUUUACAUGGGGAAGGUUUACAGCUUUGUUCAUCUGAGCAUUCAGGAGUUUCUUGCUGCUUUGUUUGUGUUUCUUUUAUUUUCUCAACAAACAUCAGGACUCUUCAGCAGGUUCAGAUCAAAUAUGACAGAUUUACUGAAGAGUGAAGUGGACAAGGCCUUACAGAGUGAGAACGGACACCUGGAUCUUUACCUCCGAUUCCUUCUGGGUCUCUCAUUGAAGUCCAGUCAGAUGAUCUUACGAGAUCUGAUGAUACAGACAGGAAGAAGCUCUGAUAGCAGACAGGAAAUAGUUGAGUACAUUAAGAUGAAGAUCAGAGAGAAUCCCUCUCCAGAGAAAACCAUCAAUUUGUUUCACUGUCUGAAUGAACUGAAUGAUCAAUCUCUAGUGCAGGAAGUCCAAACAUACCUGAACAGAGGACAUGACUUUAGUUUUACUGGAGUCAAACUCUCUCCUGCUCAGUGGUCGGCUCUUGCGUUUGUGUUGCUGAACUCAGAAGAGGAUCUGGAUGAGUUUAUACUGAAGAAAUAUGAUCGAUCAGAUGAAUGUCUUAUGAGACUCCUGCCAGUGAUCAAAACAUCCAGAAAAGCUGAUCUAAGUCGCUGUAAUCUCACAGAGAAAAGUUGUUCAGCAUUGGCUUCAGUGCUCAGCUCAAACUCCUCAAGUCUGAGAGAACUCAACCUGAAUGUCAAUAACCUGCAGGAUUCAGGAGUGAAGCUGCUCUCUGAUGGACUGAAGAAUACAAACUGUAAACUGGAGAUAUUACAGCUUUGUUGCUGUGAUAUUGGAGAUGAAGGUUGUGCUGCUUUGGCUUCAGCUCUGAGAUCAAACCCAUCACAUCUGAGAGAAUUGAAUCUGAACUAUAAUAAACCAGGAGAUUCAGGAGUGAAGCUGCUCUCUGAUCUACUAAAGGAUUCAAACUGUAAACUACAUAUUGGAGAGGAAGGUUGUGCUGCUUUGGCUUCAGCUCUGAGAUCAAACCCGUCACAUCUGAGAGAAUUGAAUCUGAGCGGUAAUAAUCCAGGAGAUUCAGGAGUGAAGCUGCUCUCUGAUCUACUGAAGGAUCCACACUGUAAACUAGAGAAACUACAUCUGUAUAACUGCAAUAUUGGAGCUAAAGGUUGUGCUGCUUUGGCUUCAGUUCUGAGAUCAAACCCAUCACAUCUGAGAGAGUUGAAUCUGAGCAAUAAUAAUCCAGGAGAUUCAGGAGUGAAGCUGCUCUCUGAUCUACUGAAGGAUCCACACUGUAAACUAGAGAAACUAAAUCUGUGGAGCUGCAGUAUUGGAGCUGAAGGUUGUGCUGCUUUGACUUCAGCUCUGAGAUCAAACCCAUCACAUCUGAGAGAAUUGAAUCUGAGCCGUAAUAAUCCAGGAGAUUCAGGAGUGAAGCUGCUCUCUGAUCUACUGAAGGAUCCACACUGUAAACUAGAGAAACUAGAUCUGUCUAACUGCAGUAUUGGAGAUGAAGGUUGUGCUGCUUUGACUUCAGCUCUGAGAUCAAACCCAUCACAUCUGAGAGAACUGAAUCUGAACGGUAAUAAACCAGGAGAUUCAGGAGUGAAGCUGCUCUCUGAUCUACUGAAGGAUCCACACUGUAAACUAGAGAAACUACAUAUUGAGCCUGAACUGUAACAAACCUCUACAAAAGCUGCAAAUGACGAACCAAACAACUGCCUUCUGUCAUGAAGUAAAAGAGCUGCUUACUGCCCACUACAGGACAAAGAGCAGAAAUGACCCAGCAGAGCUCAACAUGAGGGACACAAAAACACAAACGUGUAUAAAUAUCUGCAUUGUAUGUGUUUAAUAAAAUAUUUAGUGUAUAAAAUAAAUAUUGUAUAAAUAUCUCUGUAUGAGAGUUUGUUAUUGUUAAACUCUUUCACCUGCUGCUGUUCAAACCCUUGGUGCUCCAUUACCUACAGGACAGCUGUUUUAACACCAUCACAUCACUGUCUGUCAGACAAACACACCUGCAUCUACACAACAAACUAGGUGCAUGAUGUUUGAAAGUCA